UUGUGACCAGUGAGCUAUGUGACCUAGAUUUACUACACUGUAAACAAUAACCUGAGUCUUGCACCGGUCACGCAAGAUGGGGAGAUAUUAUAUCGGUGUAGAUGUUGGGACGGCGAGUGUACGAGCGGCACUCGUGAACAGCGACGGCGACAUUCUUGCGACAGCCAGCCAGCCAAUACAGAUAUGGGAACCAAAGCCAGGUUAUUACGAACAAUCAUCUGAAGAUGUUUGGGCAAUGUGCUGCAAGACAGUGAAGGCAGUCACAUCAAAAGUCAACAAGGAAGAAAUCAAAGGAAUUGGUUUUGAUUCAACAUGCUCUCUUGUGGUGCUUGGUAAAGAUGGACAGCCAGUCACUGCCAGUCCAUCAGGAGAUGCUAAUAGGAACAUAGUAAUGUGGAUGGAUCACCGUGCCUCUCAUCAAGCAGACAGGAUCAAUGCUACAAAACACAGGGUGCUGGACUAUGUUGGAGGGAUUAUAUCUCCAGAAAUGGAAACACCCAAGCUCAUGUGGCUGAAGGAGAACCUGAAAAUGGAAUGUUGGGAUAAAGCAGAAUAUUUCAUGGAGUUGCCAGAUUUUCUAACAUGGAAAGCAACUGGAAGCUUAUCAAGAUCGCUGUGUUCCGUGGUCUGUAAAUGGACCUAUGUUCUACAACCUGAAAGACCAGGGGAAGGAUCAUGGAGUAAUGAUUAUUUCAAACAAAUUGGCCUUGAGGAUUUGACAGAAGACAACUACAGAAAAAUAGGUAAUGACUUCAGAAUGCCAGGAUACCAGUGUGGUGAGGGUCUGUCUGAGCACGCAGCUGAAGAUCUAGGACUACGUGCUACAUUGGCAGUAGGAACUGGCAUAAUAGAUGCACAUGCAGGAGGAAUAGGGGUCAUUGGCUGUCAGACAGAAGUCACCAGACAUAUUCCACUGGGAUCCAGAAUAGCUGUCAUUAGUGGGACCUCUGCAUGUCACAUGAAGAUGAACAAAGACCCAGUGUUUGUCCCAGGGGUGUGGGGACCAUUCUAUAACGUAAUGGUGCCAGAGUUUUGGACAAAUGAAGCUGGGCAAACUGCUUGUGGGAAGCUGAUAGACCACAUUGUGGAAACACACCCAGCCUAUUCAGAAGCCCUUCAGAGAGCAGAGAAAGAGGGUAUUCAUUUGUCAGUUUAUUUGAAUCAGCUGAUUCAAUCAAUGGCAGAAAAGCAAGGUUUAAGUCAUAGUGCAGAGUUGACUCGUGACUUACACAUGUGGCCAGAUUUCCAUGGCAACCGAUCACCCCUGGCAGAUUCUACGUUAAAGGGAAUGAUCAGUGGACUGACAUUAGCCUGUGGUGUAGAGGAAUUGGCAUGCAAUCAUUUGGCAACAAUACAGGCAUUAGCAUAUGGUACAAAGCACAUUCUAGAAGCAUUGAAGGCUGCAGGACACCAGGUUGAGAUGAUGUUUAUGUGUGGUGGAUUGGCCAAGAACUCGGUAUAUGUACAAACUCAUGCAGAUGUCACUGGUAUACCAAUAAUGCUGCCAGACCAAACAGAGUCAGUCUUGUUAGGUUCAGCAAUACUGGGGGCACUUGCAUCUGGAGACUUUAACUCAAUUCAGGAUGCCAUGGCAAAGAUGUGUGGAGCUGGAAAAAUUGUGUAUCCUCAGGAACAAUGUCAAGAUUUUCACAAGAGGAAAUAUCAGGUGUUUUUGAAAAUGUUGGAACAUCAGAGAGAAUACAACAAGAUAAUGACACACUGACUGCCACAGUGGCUUGCAGGGAAAUGUGGGGUCUACGUGGCAUUUCUUUUGCCUUCUUUAGAUACUUUUUGGUGCUUCCAUAGAGGCCAUUCACUACACUUAAAAUUUUUCAUAUAAAACAUAUCUACUUUAAGACAAAUGCAGUAAAUUGGAGGAUGAAAAGGGCCAUUCAUUACCUGUGGAUGGACACAUUAUAUUCAUUUUAGAGUUUAAAUUUUUUAGGGGUUCAACUUAUACUUACUAC